AUGCAGUUCACCAUCAUCCUCACCGCACUUUUCGCCUCUCUCGCUGCAGCAGCCCCGGUCGGCACCCGCACGGCUUCUGCUCUUGAACGCCGCCAAAGCGACGGUGCAGGCUCGACCUCCACCUCCACCUCUGACUGCAACGGCUUGCUCUGCGGCCUCACUGGCGGUGCCGCAGCCGCAGCCGAUGAUGGCAACAGCACCAGCUCCACGAGCACUUCUGAGUGCUCGGCUCUAGGUACAUGCUCAAGCGGCUCCAGUGGCGCGGGGCCUACUGGGUCAAGCAGCGCAGCCGACGGCAGUGGGCUCCUGGAUGGCGCGUUGGACGGCGUGGACGGUCUGGUCGAGGGGUUGCUUCCGGCGUAG